CGCCGAUAUGAGAUUUCCAGGAGAGUGCGAAGUCACGGAAGUGCUGGCAGACAGCUGGAGGACAAUUUGCAAUCAUGUGUGAGGUUAUCUCAUGCAGUACGUUAUACGGCGAUAUGAGUGCCCUAUUUGUUUGAAGGAGAAACCGGACCACAGAAGUGUUGGAAGACAGGUCGAGGACAGGUCACAUACGUAGAGGAAUCGACGACCGACAGAUGCUGUCCACCGACAUGUGCGUCGCUAGGCUCCAGCCGCAGCUCUUGCCGCCCCUCCCUGAUCAGUCGUCAUCGCGAACGCAUGGUAACAUGCAAGGUAGCAUCGUAUCAGCUUCGUUUGAUAUCAGGCUUGUCGGGUCGUUUCUUGGUUGGCGCAGGUGUGAUUGCGUCGCCCUUUACUUGAUACGCUACAGAAGCACCCGGCCCUGCGUCCCGUCGGCAUUCCGCGCCAAUCCUCGCCUGAACUCAUUGGACAUCAGUCUCUGUGUUCGUGUACCACAUCAACACGAGCAUUAUCAUAAUAAAGACGGGGUAGAGAGGACAUCGGAAAGAGCAAGCACGAGAGGUGCACCGAUGCCUCGGGUACCGACUUGAAUGGGACAUCAAAUCUGGCAAGAGCGAGAAAUCCAUGGGUAUUGCGUUCAACAACGCUCGCAUAUGAGGCAUUGCUUGUUGUGACGAUUCUGAUUAUUUGGAGGGAAAACCCGAACGGAGGAAAGCUUUAGGGGGAUCGUGAUUGGACUCCCACCCCCUCCCGGCUGUACCCCCAUCAGGUGGGUUUUCUGCACGUAAUCUUGGAUCAACUAUUUCUAGCCUCACUGGCCGUGUCGCUCUUUUCGGAUCUGGCCCAUCGUUUUUUCGCCUACCAAAGAGUCGAGAACGUGGCAAUAGACAAACUGAGAUGACACAGUUCUCACAGGGACGUUUGGCUUGACCGAGUGUUACCAGCUCCCCCUCACAUGGUUCAAGACAACACCAAACGCCCUAGGCUCAAGGGGCUCAGCUUUUCUGUGCUCGGCGGUUCCGGGCCAAAUCCCUUGGGAAUUGUGUCGGUUGCUGCGUCAAGAAUCACUUGUCGACGGCUGGUGCAGGGCUCCGCGGGCUUGUGCAUUUCAGUCUCCAUGACUUUUCCCUCUCCUUAGUUAUUUCUCCAUUCGCCUUGACCCAUGAGCGACAGAUCGAGUACUGCCUCUCCUUCAUCCCCACCCCAACGCAUUUAUUCAGGCGCGAGAACUCUUCCCGACGAUGAGAUCGACUUUAUGAUACUGCGAUCAGACAUGUCGCAUCCGUCUAAUGUCCAAUCCAGCUCGCCGGAUCCUACAAUCGAGCAUCGCCGCAGAAAACAAGCUCGAUAUCUUCCACUUUGAUGUACGCUUCACCAGACAAGUCCGCGUUAUCUAGUCCAGCAGGAAUCUGGGAUGCGCAAAGUUCGAGGAGCUGAAUACGGUGUAUGUAUCAUGCUGCGCAACGACCGGUUCUCCGUCCUUCAUAUCUCGGAUCCAAGGUUCCUGAUCACGGAAUGCUUUUCGCAUUUUCCGGCCGAGCGGAUAUACGUCAAGUACCCUGUCCCACCUGUUGCCCUACGAACCCAAUUAGCACAAGUGCGGCACAGGCAGGGGGUGUCAACUUGUACCAUUGGAGAACAUUUGCAUCGUUACCUCCGUAACGCCUCGACGAGCUUAUCAUUCGUUGGUCGUAAAGAAGGAUCGAUCGAUUAUUCUCGGAAGGCUCUUCCUGUACAGACUGGGACUUGUUAGCAUGGCCCAGGAGACGAGAGAGCUGAUAGAAAAAAGGAACAAGUGAUGGUGCAUACCGACUCGGAUGUUAUUAUACAUACCAAGGCCGUUCAUCACGCUCGAAGUACGGCUUGUCCGCAAUGUUCAUACCGAAAUCUCGAUGCUCAUCCAGCAGAGCGGCACGAACGUUCUAAGCGUUUCAGGAAUUCAGGCACCGUUGCUUACUUCCUCUCUCCUCUUUCUUCACCUGCCAGGUACGAAUCUAGAAUUUGUCCCUCGCGACAUAUGUGCUGGAUUACCGACCAGGGGAUCGCAUGUUCCGAUACUACUGCAGGGGAUCUGAUUUUGGAUCAUGUACCUAGUUUUGGGAUUUAUCUCACUGUCCA